AUGGGCAGCUCAGCAUGUGACAAUUCGUCCGAGAAGGGAUGGGUGGUGCAGAAGUUUGGUGGCACCAGUGUAGGCAAGUUUCCAGACAAGAUUGCUCGUGAUAUUGUCAGAGCCAGUUUGUCAAAUAACCGAGUCGUUGUCGUCUGUUCUGCCCGCAGCACGGGCAAGAAAGCCGAGGGCACCACCAGUCGGCUACUGGCUGUCUUCAACAAGUUGAAAAACAUUGCCACCCCCAUCAGCUCCGAGGAGAAGCAGCAGGAGCUGAUUGAGCAGGCCGCGGGGCUCAUUCGAGAUGUCUGCAACGACCACGUCGCCGCCUCCGAGACGUUUGUCAAGGACCCGGAGUUGAGAGCGGCCCUCAUUUCCAAGCUCAGGGCGGAAUGCCAGGAGUUGAUUGAGUACAUCAUGGCCACCAGGAGGUUCAACCUCGAGGUCAAUUCAAGAUCAAAGGACCGCGUCAUUAGCUUUGGCGAGAAGCUCAGCUGCCUGUUCAUGACCACGUUGCUGCAGGAUUCUGGCGUUGAAGCAGAAUACGUUGACCUGUCCGACGUCUUGCACAGCGACACCCCUUCUCCGUCCCUGGAUGCCGGCUUCUACAAGCUGGCAGUGAGCAGAUUCGUCAAGAAGCUGGCCGCCUGCGAGAAUCGGGUCCCCGUCGUCACGGGCUUCUUUGGAAACGUCCCAGGCAGCCUGAUUGACGGAGACAUUGGCCGUGGCUACACGGAUCUCUGCGCGGCCUUGUGCGCGGUGGGACUGAGCGCAACGGAAUUGCAGAUCUGGAAAGAGGUCGAUGGCAUCUUCACGGCCGAUCCGUCAAAGGUGCCCACGGCGCGGCUGCUGGGGUCCAUUACACCCUCGGAGGCUGCCGAGCUGACGUUUUACGGCUCCGAGGUCAUCCACCACCUCACCAUGGACCAGGUCAUCCGGGCUCACCCGCCCAUCCCCAUCCGCAUCAAGAACGUCAAGAACCCGCGCGGAAACGGCACGCUGGUCAUCCCGGACCCGAUUCUGUCGCCGGGAGAGAAGCUUCACCGAUCACGGUCCUCGCAAAGGGCCGCCAGAGACCCCAAGAACCCCAAGCGUCCCACCGCCGUCACGAUCAAGGAUCAGAUCAGCGUCAUCAACGUCCACUCCAACAAGAGAUCCAUCUCUCACGGAUUCUUUGCGCGGGUCUUUUCGAUUCUCGACAAGCAGUCCAUCUCCGUCGACCUCAUCUCCACGAGUGAGGUGCACGUCUCCCUGGCCAUUCAUGCCGACGGCAUCCGGUCCGAGGCCUUUGAGACGGCCACGCGCAACCUGGAGGAGUGUGGCGAUGUCAGCAUCCUGACGGACAUGGCCAUUCUCAGCUUGGUUGGCGCAGACAUGAAGAACAUGGUGGGCGUUGCCGGACGCAUGUUUUCGACGCUUGGAGAGCAUAAUAUCAAUCUUGAGAUGAUCUCCCAAGGUGCGAGCGAGAUCAACAUCUCUUGUGUCAUUGACGCCCGCGACGCCACGAGGGCUAUGAACGUUUUGCAUACCCAUCUAUUCACGUUUCUGGAUUAGAGAAAAGGGAGAUGGCCACCACAGCGAACAUUUCGGCAUCGGAUUUCUGAUAUGUAUGUUCAUCAUAGCAUUAGGCAUGCACUUCCAUCCGCUGGUUA